AUGGUCCUCACUCGCCGCCAAGCUACUUCUUCCCCUUCGCCCUCCACUUCGCCACCUAUCAUGUCUGACACUACUUCACUUCUAGGUCAGAGCAGGACCAUAUCAUAUGAGGAAAGCCUUAGCAUACUUCCUUGGCAGACCGACAACGAUUACAUACGGCAUGGAUACCGUCGGCCGAUACCGUCUAUCCGGGGGUGUUUAUGGAGUGCUGUGAGAUAUAUCCACAACGAGACGAUCAAUAUUCACUCCCACUCCAUCGGCGUAGUAUUCUUCGCCGUCCUUCUCCCUCUUCACCUCAUUCCCUCGCAAUUCCCAACACUUCACCAUUUCCCAGUUGAUCCUCUGACACCUCCGACGCUACACGACAAAGUAGCCUUGACUGUGUAUCUGGUCUGCGCCGUAUCGUGUUUGAGUUUGAGUAGUUGGUUUCAUACGGUGUCGUGCCAUUCCGAGGACGUCUGUGAGGCGGCGCAUCGAGGCGAUUAUAUGGGAAUCGUCAUCCUGAUUGUUGGGAGUAUCACGCCAGGCAUGUAUUACGGCUUUUACGACAGCGUGGUGCUGCAGGCCGUUUACAUGACUGCUAUUGUUGGUGCCGGAAUCACCUCGGCCUACAUCGUCCUGUCCCCACAUCACCGUGCCCACCGCUGGCACCGAACCCUCACAUUCAUCGGCCUCGGUCUCUCUGCUGUCGUGCCCAUCAGUCACAUUCUCAUCGCACAUGGGUUCAAAUACGCUAGGCAGACGAUGUGUCUAGACAUGAUCCUCGCUGGCGGCGCUUGCUACAUUGGGGGAGCUUUGUUAUAUGCCGCGCGUAUACCCGAAAAGCUCUCUCCAGGGACAUUUGACUACUUUGGCUCUUCUCAUCAGAUCUUUCACUGCUUUGUUUUGGGCGGUGCUUGGUUUCAGUAUGCGGCUUUGAGGGGCAUGGUCUGGGGCAGAGGUCUGGCCUUGAGUGGAGGUGCAUGA